GCGCGCGCCCGCACGUGCCGCCAUCAUGCCAUUCCAAUUUUAAAACCGCGCACCGUGAUUGGCCGAAAAAUGUCCAAAUACAACGUGUUAUUGGCUGUUCUCCUCGCCAUAUCCCUCGCUGUCGCCUUCCGCCCUCGACUUCGGCCGCGGGGUCUUCGGGUAUAUCGUGUAUCAUCGCUGCCGAGCCCGACGUCAUCGGAUGACGAUGAUGACGAUGAUGACACGACGCCGGCAAACCGCGCCGACGCAGACGACGACAUGCGCGUAUACAAGAACCCGCGCAACUCGCCGUCUGCGCAGUGCCCGCGCGACGAAGAGCAGGCCACCUUACUGGGUCAGAAAUGUCUUCGCAAGUGUUCAUCGGAUGAGGACUGUAAGAGCAAGAAGAAGAAGUGUCUGUGCGACGGUGCAUGCGGCAUGUCGUGCAUCAAACCAGAUCGAGAAUGUCCCGAAUUAGAGCAACCUGAAAUCGGAACAGUUCAAGUGUCUGGAAGACUCUUCGGUGACAAGGCAGUGUACUCGUGUCCCCACGGCUACCACGUCGUGGGGCUGCAGAGCCGAAGCUGCCAGGCGGACGGCAUGUGGGCUGGCCAGCCACCGGCCUGCAAGCAAAACAUCUACUGUCUGCAACCACCAACGAUCGAGCACGCUCGCCACUCCGCCCUUCCCGAACAAGCGACGUUCGACCUGGACGCGACGGUGCAGUACAACUGCCACACUGGAUACGUCACUAACGGCUUCCCUCGGGCCAAGUGUCUGGCUAUAGAGAAGCAGGCGUCCUGGUACGGUCCCGACAUCAGCUGCGAACCGAGGUCCUGCGGGGAGCCAGGAGACGUCCCCCACGGCUGGGUAACAGCUGAUUGCCACACCUUCGGAUGCCGUGCCGUGGUCCAGUGUGGGCAAGGGUUCGAACUGGUGGGCAAGGCAGAACGAUACUGCCAAGCCGACGGGGCCUGGGCGCCGAAAGAACUUCCCACCUGUGUCCUGGUUACACAGGUGCAGUGUCCGCCGCCAGAAGCGCCUCGCCACGGGAAAGCGGUCUACACAUCGUGCGCUUACAACUCGGUAGUCUCGUAUGAAUGUAAAUACGGCUACAGGCUUGUGGGUGACGCUACGAGAAGAUGCGGCGCGGACAAGAAGUGGUCUGGCACUCAACCUAUGUGCAAAGAAAUCAACUGUGGUCAUCCCGGGCAACUCUGGAACGGUUGGUUGGAGAACAUAUCCUCUGGGACCGGUCUUGGCGCGUCCAUCAUCUUCCGUUGCCAGGAUGGCAUGAAGAUGGAGGGCAAUGGCUCUGCCAUCUGCCAGAGUGAUGGCACUUGGAGCCACCCGCUGCCUCAGUGUUUAGCUCCAUGCGUAGUCCCCCACGUUUCUCAAGGUCGAGUGGUGCUGAUGGAGAACAAGACUGGCGAAAACGAGACUGUUGAGGGUAACACGCAAAUCGUGGGCAGCUCUUCAAUGGUGCAGCAUGGGGAAGUGAUCAUCGUGGACUGCGAGGAGAACUACGAGUUUCCAUCCACCAACGCGGCAGUAACUUGCAACAACGGAACUUGGACUCAGAUCCCCAGAUGUCAACCAGCCAGGUGCAAAAAGAUGCCAAGGAAUCCCCGCAAUGGAAUGGUGAUAGCUCCGAAGACGGAACACGGGAUGAAGGCGCGGUUCCGUUGCAAGGACGGCUUCGAGCUCAAAGGAAACCCUAUUGUUGUCUGUUCUUUCGGAAACUGGAGCGGGGAAACACCCAAGUGUGAAGAAGUAUUCUGUCCAUUCCCUGGUUACGUUGAAAAUGGAAAAGUUCUUUUAGUUGGCAACAUGGGAUUGUACGAUUAUCGGCCGUAUGUGAAAAAGGUAGUGAACAACAAACAAAUAAUGUAUGAAUGUGAAAAAGGCUAUGUUUUAUCUGAGGGUCCACCUGGCGCCACCUGCGUUGGAGGGCACUGGAGUCCAAGAGAACUUCCUAAAUGCACUCUCUACCAACACCCUCGUAUACGCUGGAGUCGUCGGCGUCGUUCCAUAACAGACACUGAAAUACGGCACAGACGGUCAGCUUACCUACGUCAAUACUAUAACAGCCUGAAACGUCAGCCUAACCCCACACAACAAUACGUCGACCAACUCUACGACAAAUACAACCAUAACACAGACAAACCUACCCUCAGACACGCCAAUUUCAAAAUGAUGAAGAAACUAGAUACUGAUAUUGAUGAUGACGAUAUUCCCAAUGAUGGUAUUGAAACCUCUGAUGGCGAAAAUUUCCCAACGGCUGUAUAUACUGUUUACAAUGUCCACGGAGAGCCUAUAGGUCAUAGGUUUUAUUCCUAUCAACCUGCUUAUGAACCUGAAGACGAUGAAAUAGUAGAACCUCAUGAAGAAACUAUAGAAUAUGAAAAUUCCAAUGAUUUUGAUGAACCACCUCACGUAACGGUACUUAAAGGAGGUCUAUUCCCAGAUCAUGAUUUGAAAGCCAAUACAGCUCAAAGUAUAAACAUACUUAAACACGAAUACUUUGAAAAAUAUGUUGAUAAGAGGAGAAAGAGAUUUUCUACUUCCAAAAAUAGCGAAGAAAAGAAAGAAAUUGAUGUUGAGCUACAAGGCGCCGAUAGUAACAAUAUCGAAGCAAGGGAUAGUAGAAAAAAAGACUUAGAUAUUGAAUUAUUCGCAGAGGAGAGUAGAACUACCAAAACCGUUAUUUCACCUACAAGUAAGCCUAGGAUAAAACGAGGCAUUAAUAUGGAAGAAUAUGAUAGACAAAUGUGGACACAGCAGCCAAUAAAAGAAUCGGAAUUUGUUAAUGAAGUUAACAAUGAUAUGCUGAAAGUUAUUCCUUUAGAAACGAAAGCUGAGCUUGUAAACGCCACAGAACAUAAAGAAAUGGUAGUAAUACCAUUACAGUACAAUAACACAAACUCGACUGAAGUAAAUAAUAUUUUUGAUAGGAGAGAUAAAAGGACUAGUAGAAAGACUGAUCGGCUUAAUCAAACUACUGCUACUAUACCCAAAACAGGUCGAGAAAGUAAAGGCGGAAGAACACAUCAAGACAUAACUGAGUCGGGCGAAGAAGGACAAAGUACAGAUAACAAAGAGGUUGUCGAUGGUGUUAACAAAUCUGACAAUGGCAAUACUACUGAGAGACAAGGAAAGAAGGGCAGACCUAAGAGCCCUUGUGAACCGAUCGAAAGUGAACCUUACGUGAACAUUGAGAUUGUCAAGUUUGGAAGAGAUCCAAACAACACUUUUAGCUCUGGUACCAUCGUCCGAGUGGCCUGUGGUAAGGGAUAUGGCCUAAACUUGGAACCUAACACAACAGCCAAAUGCGUCAGAGGUCGGUGGAAACCCGAAAAACCUAAGUGUGAAAUCUUGCCCUGCCACGUACCGUCGACAGAAUAUGGAAUCUACACAAUGGCGGCCGACGCCACCAACCCGACGGCUGCCAACCCGUUAGGGUCAGGCGGCCCGGAAGAGAAGGAACUAAACGAAACAGACCCAGUGCCUAAUGGUCAGGUUGUUCACUUCUCUUGUGAAUAUGGAUACAACGUGCAAGGUCCUACUAACUUGCGCUGCUGGCUUGGAGAAUGGGCGGUAACUAGCAUGCCAGAAUGUGUUGCAGCGCCCUGUGAGCUGCCUCUACUGCACGGCGCUACCUACGAAGCGGGUUACCGAGCUGGUCUCACAGUCGCUCACGCGUCUUCCGUCAACAUAGCUUGCGAGCCCGGGCGCUCACCGGCGGCUACACUCAAUUGUCACUUGGGCAGACUUCAGCCUACUGUUCAUGAUUUCUGCAGGCCUUUAGCAAAUCUUUCCCGGCCGAGGCCAACGUCAGAGUUCCAAAGCGGUUCCGACAUCGUCAAGGAAGAUGUCUCGGACCUCGAGCCAGAUUUAGCUGGCAAAUCAAUCGCCGAAUGCGGCCCACCGGCUAGGGUUCAAGGGACACUCAUAUACCGUGAUGGGGCUGAGGUCAACGGUACCCUGGGCAUGGAAGGGUACCCCCACGGCACGGAGAUCACCUUCCGAUGUAUCGCGUCCAUCAUGGGAGAGAAGACCACGUGGAAACUUAUCUGUGAAGACGGGAACUGGAUCGGGAAGAGUUUCAAUUGCGAGGAGCUGGAAGCCCAAAACGAGGAGUUGCUGAACAACAACACGUGUACAUUCCGCAACGAAGAGCCCCAUGUGGUGUCCUUCUUCAACGACCUCGAGAUCACCGAGAUCGUCGACUUCCCCGCUGGAUCCGUCAUCAUAUCCAGGUGCAGCGACAUAGGCAAGUACGCAAUAACAGGCGCCCAAGUGAGAAGAUGCGUUGGUGGCCAGUGGGAUGGCAGCAAACCCUCGUGCUUUGGACUCAACCAAGAGAAUGACUAUGCUAUGGAAAAACCCCCGACGAUCCUGUUCCGUCACUCUGGAGGUCCGAUCGCGCAGACCAACGAUGGCAAGCUGCUGGUCUACCCGGGUACUACUCUGCACAUGGAGUGUCUCUGGAUGCGGCGGUUUGGCAACCCCAAAUGGAAUGUCACACAUUUUUAUCCAGACAUUGACAGAAAAUACACGGAGGGUUGGACUGAGGACCCUGGCAGGGACAGUCAGCUGGAGUACCGACUGAGCAUCAUCGGCGCUGAGAAGGACGACUCGGGGAUAUACCGCUGUGAGACGCCGGCCCGCCAGAGCCAUCAGGUCGAGAUCAUUGUUGAAGAUGUCCACUGCCCACCGCUGCCUAUCCGGCGCGGCCUGGUGGCCAGCGCGAGCGGCACCCAGCUGGGAACGGAGAUACACUUCCACUGCGCCAACGGCAACGCGUUGCUCGGAGCCCACACCCUCGUCUGUAGGGCUUCCGGCAACUGGAGCGCGCCGCUGCCUGUCUGCGAAAGCGUAGAAUGCGGUGAAGUGGUGCAUGACACGGCCCUGGGCGAGGGUGAGCGGCGCCCACGCGUGGCCGUGGUGUCGCGCGGAGUGGGCGGCCGCGCUGCCUUCUCCUGCCCCGCCGGCUGGGCGCUCAGUGGGCCCACCGAGACCGUGUGCCUGCCUGCCGCUGACUGGGCCAGGCCGUUCCCUGUUUGCAGAGAGGUAUCCUGCCCAGCUCUGCCGCCCCCUCAAUCGGGCUACGUGCUGGGCCGCGCGCCGUACCGCGCUGGAGACGUGCUGCAGUUCCACUGUAAUCCUGAACACACGCUGCAUGGGCGGCCCAUACUGGUCUGCCAGGAUAGCGGGCGGUGGAGUGAUAAGCCACCUACUUGCGCUCAAGCAUGCACAUACCCAGGAACGACCAUCUCAGGUCGGAUGUCGUCUGUCAAGUUCUACUACAAGAUCGGAGAGACCAUAACCUUCUCUUGCGAGCCCGGAUACAGGCUGAAAGGAGCGCCCAUGCUUCGGUGUCUCAAGAACAGAAAGUGGUCCAACGCGAUACCCCUUUGCACGCCGAUCACAAAUUUCACGUCGGGAGAUUCCAUCGCAAUGUUGAAUGGAGACAUAGACGCCAUGUUGUCAGAUUCAGCUGGCGUGCCAGACUUCUUAAAAACGCGCGAAUCGCCGGCCAUUUUGUCAGAGGAGAGCUACAAAGCCGCCAUUACGCGAGUCGCCGCGUCGCGACUCCUGAGGCGAUCACCAAUCGAAACUUAUAAAAACAGAAUUUUCAGAUUCAACAGGAUUCUAAGACGCGAUAAUUAUACUAAGAGAUAAUUUUUGUAGAUAAAAAAUGUUGGACUCCGCCGAGUUAGGUAUAAUUUAUUAAGUUUCCUUUAUUGUGAUGAUUCAAUGAUGUUAAAGUAAUGGUUUAUUUAAAAUAGUAAUUUAAGUUACUUUUUUUGCUGUUUUUCGCGUAUUAAGUAGGUACCCAGUAAGUUAAAGUACCUAAAUAAAAAUGAAUAUUUUACUAACCUCUCAGGAGUUGAAAUGCAAGUUACAUUGGAGGCAAUUCAAGCGGACACAAUGGUGCUGAUUUCAGUACACACCAUUUAAUUUUAUUCAAAAUUCAAAUUCCAAAUUCAAAAAUAUCUUUAUUCAGUAGGUUUACACUUUGAAUCGUCAAUUUUUACAUAACGAACGUCUCAUCCGCCUAAAACUACUGCAGCUUCUCACAACCUGUAUAGCCGGGGAAAAGAAGCUGCAAGAAAAACCUCGGCAUAUGGCCCUAGACGUUUUUUUUUUUUUUUAAAAUAUUUUAAAUUAUACCUGUCAUUUUCUUAUUCACCGAAAAGGAAAAGGAUGGGUAAUCGACAGGCAUAAACUUUAUGGAUUUUUUUUUUGACGUGACUUAUUGUAGAUUUGCCGCAGAUGGCAUUAACUACUUGGCCGGACAAAUGGGGAGCGCUGAAGGCUCUCACCCGGUACAACGAAACUUUAUGGAAGACACGUCAGUUUUAUACAGAAAUCGGGACCAUGGUGUCUAACCGAGAUUAAAUUUGUGUUCAGUACGGCUAACAUAACAUAAUUAUUCUGACGAUAUAAUUAUGUCGUUUUAUUGGUGCUAAUUUGUAACCCUACUAAGUCAUAUCUUUCUGACAAAAUACGAACAAAAUCACGUGGCACGCAUUUUACGGAAAAAAACAAAAUUGAUUUCGACAAAAUUUAUUGAAUCGAUCGAUAAUCUUAUCACGUUGUGCAUGUUAGCCCUGCUGAUUCCACAAAUUCGUCGCUGACGCCGCAAACUGACGUAUCUCAAAUUAUUGGUGGAUCUGAUUUGCACCUUAUGCUAUUGUCAAUAAGACACAAAUUAUUUUAGCAGAAAAUUGCAGAUACGUCUGUUUGCGACGUCAGCGACGAAUUAUUAGGUAAAUUGCAUUUCUUUUAUUUGUGAAAUCUAAAGAAAUGUAUUUUUGAAUUCCUAUAUUCGACAUUAAAAUAUUACGGUAUAUUUUUUUCUAGUAUUUAUAAGUAAUAAUUCUAAUUUUAAAGGCGGAGGUACAUUAAUGUAACAAAAAAUAAAAUAAAAAAAU